AUGAAUUUCAUCGAUUCUGUUGACAUCAGAUCACCUCUCAUAUCAUUCAAAGGUAAAAACUUCGAACCAGCAAGCAUUAAUAGGGAGAGAAGUGACUCUUCUGUAAACUUGGUUUUAUGCUUGGAUGGAACCGAAAAUGAAUUUGGGUUGAAACCUUACACGAAUGUCCUAAAACUAUUUAGAAUGUUAGACAAAGAUACGGCCACACAGUUAUGUUACUAUCAACCAGGUGUUGGGGCCAAAUUCAAGGCAGAGUCAACAGAUAUUCGGGAACCAAAUUUCUUUCAAUCUAAGCUUAGCAAAAUAGGUAACAAAUUUGAUGCCAUGUUUGCAUUCACAUUAGAAAGGCACGUUCUAGCAGCAUACACAUUCUUGAUGAAGUUCUAUCAAAAAGGGGAUAAGAUUUAUAUCAUAGGUUUUAGGCAAGUAAUACUAUUUGAGAUAUGCAUGAAAACACCACUAACAAUUAUCUCAGCCGUGGAAGUUUCACAGGUAGAGUUUUAG